AUGAUAGCGCCGAAUCAGUUCACAUCCGAGUGGAUGAACGCUGCCGAAUUGACAGCAAGAUUGGAAUUAGGUGAUCGCAUCGAAAUAAGGCGAGUGGUUGGAAGAAAUCAACGACAAAUAUAUGCGCAUUGGGCUCUUUUCAUUGGGUAUUAUGAAGACAUGGCUUGUGUCGCACAUGUGACCACAAAUUCUGGUGAUUUCGAUGUGAACGUAACUGAUGUGAUCAAUCCGUCCGACUCCGUUGUUGACCUAACAACGAAAUUUGUGAAAGGUAGUCAAGCACAAGUACAACAAGGUGAACUCACGCGUGUUGCACGUACGGAUAUGUGCCGAAUCAAUAACUCACUGGAUCGACUUCGAAGACCGUUUCCACCGAGCAUUAUCGUUACCAGAGCACUUCUCAUGGUGAAAAUUUCUCAUCUUGGAAGUGGCGGUUACAACAUUCUGUUCAAUAAC